AUGGCACGAGCCUCCACGGCGUGCCAAAGAUGCCGGCGGCGGAAACAGAAGUGUGAUCUGAAAUAUCCAAGUUGCUCAAACUGCGAGAGCGCAAAUGUUGCUUGUUUGACAUACGAUGCCCGGAAACAAGCCGAGGUGGGUUCAGAAUCACUCGAAUGUGUUGUCCGUGAACUGACAUCUCACGAGAUCCCUCGCACCUACGUGUCGCAAUUGGAGGCACAGGUCCAAAAGUUGACGCAGGAGGUUCGAGAUCUUCGGACGCAAACCCGACCGCCAGAAGUAACCCAUCGUGAGGAAGCCGAUAUAGAAUUUUCCGCGGCAGCCACCAUCAUCUCCCCAGAGGCCUCGACGACAUCGAGUCCAGAGUCAAACCGCGGUGCUCGAGAUUUGGUCAAGAGCGUCAGGAACGUUUUGGUCGAACCAUCGAAGCAACCGCGGUUUCUGGGGCCGAGUAGCGGCAUAACACUGGCCAGAAUGGUCAUGGCGUCAAUCAAGGUCGACGCUCUAAGGCAAUCACCAACCUCAGGUGUCGUCGACCAACUUCCAGACAUGUCUGGCUCUGGCUCGUCGGCCCUGGCGGCAGAAGCGUCUCUCCCACCGCGCCACGCAGCGGAUCAUCUAGUCGAGGUAUACUUCCAAUACCGGACUCCGCACCUGCCCAUCAUUCGGGAGACAAAGGUCAAAAGGGCGAUUGACAAUGCCUAUGCGUGCAUGAGUGGUGGUGUGCAACCCUUAGACCGCCAAGCGGAGAAGGACGUUUUCACGACUUACAUGGUUUUCGCCAUAGCUCUUUGCAACGUCCCUAGCCCGACAGGUGGAACCGGACGGCCGCUGCAAAGCGAGGGUUGCUUCCACUCCGCGAUCAACUGGGUUGAGAGCGUCAUCACCUAUGCACAGAGCGACCUUGAAACACUCCGCGCUUUGCUUCUGCUGGCUCAAUUUGUCUCCAUGUGUCCCUGGCGUGGCAGCCUGUGGCAUUUGAGUGGGAUGGCUCUUCGGAUGUGCGUCGACAUGGGCUUGCAUUGGGAAUCCGACGAGCAGCAGCUUUCUUCCAACCAUGACCAAGACGACCAAGACGUGCUGUACGAGCGUCGACAGUUGUGGUACUCGGCAUAUUACCUGGACCAUCUUCUAGGCAUCACCCUGGGGCGGCCAUUUGGCAUCACGGACGAGAGCACACGCGUGCCCCUCCCAAACCCCUGGGCAGUCUCUGGUCAACCCUUUGGUGUUGGGCCAACGGAGGUGGUCAAGGACUUUGAGAAUGUUCAUCAAAGAGCCCACAAUCACUUGUUCAAGAUGACGCAGCUCGAGUCCGAGAUCAAGCACGUCCAACAAAGCCAGACCUGGUCUAUGAACAAGAUGGCCUACCCACGACCCAACUAUAGACUCUGGGUCAACGACAUCCAGGCGCGUCUACAAGAGUGGUAUAGCACGGUCCCAAACACUACAGCCGCCCACCCCUCGUCAAUCUUUGCUCACGAAGCGUACUGGGAGGCCAUGUACAAUCAUGCCAUCCUUUUGCUUUACCGGCCCAAUUCCAGUUCCCUCAUCCAGCAUUUACCUUCGGACACUUUUGCGAUUUCCUUCGACGCCUCUUGUAAGCUCAUUGCCAGCAUCAAGCUGCUCCAGCGCGAAGGCCGCCUCGACGUGCUCUGGAAAGCCGUCUACGACCUCUUCAUGGCAGGCCUGACCGUCAUCUAUUGCGUGUGGCAAUCGGCCUCGAUUCGGUCGCAGCACCCGGCCAGCAAGAUCAUUGCGACUCUGCAGUCCUGUGUGUCAACAUUGUCCGCCAUGUCGGCAAAUUUUGCGGGAGCCAGCGAGUCUCGCGACGCCUUCGAGACGCUGUCUACGGCGACGACGGACUGGCUGUUGACAAGCGGUUCGGGGGAGCCCAGUCGGAAUAGGGCAACCUUUGAGAGUCAGAUCGGAGAUCUGUUGGGUUCUUUGCAGCCAUCGAGGAGGAGUCAGACUGGUGCUGGCGUACCAGGCAGACACGCCAAUUGGAAUGAUCUGUCAACCAUGCUGUCGUCAAGUGACACUUUUGCUUUUGAUUUUGGAGAUAUGUUAAGUUCAGCGGCACAGUGGCCUGAUAUAGGCGACGUGGAUUUCAAUGACAUGAUGCUGGAUUCGGCGUCGGCAACAGCGAGCGAUGUCAGAGCGUAUGAGAGGGUGUUCGGGGGCUGA